CAGCUCGGUCCUUUACCCACCCGACUUUAUCAAAUCAAGAUGAAAACCUUCUUUUUGUUGCUUCUCUUCUGUCACGUUUCAUCAGCAGUGAAACACUCAAUGAAGUAUUUUGUAAGUGCAUCUUCUGGAGUCCCAAACUUCCCAGAGUUUGUGGGAGCUCUAGUGAUUGAUGAAAUUCUAACAGGUUACUGCGACAGCAACAAAAAGAUAGUAGAACCAAAACAGGACUGGAUGAAAAAAAUAUUUGAAGAUGAUCCUCAGCACUUUGAGUGGUACACUGGACAAUGUUCUGAGUAUCAGCCAAACUUCUUCAAAGCCACAAUUGAUAAUUUGAAGCAGCGCUUCAACCAAAGUGGAGGUGUCCAUAUUUUACAGGAGAUGUUUGGCUGUGAGUGGGAUGAUGAGACUGGAGAGGUUAAUGGUUUUAAUCAGUAUGGUUAUAAUGGAGAAGACUUCAUAUCUUUUGACCUGAAGACAUUGACAUGGAUCGCUCCGAAACCUCAGGCUGUCACCACCAAACUGAGAUGGGAUAAUGACAAAGCUAGAAUAAAAUACAAUGAAAUCUACCUCACUCGGAUUUGUCCUGAGUGGCUGAAUAACUAUUUAGAUCUUGGCAAGAGCUCUCUGCUGAGAACAGACCUUCCCUCAGUGUCUCUCCUCCAGAAGACUCCCUCCUCUCCAGUCAGCUGCCACGCUACAGGUUAAGCUACAGGCUAAGAAGGCCUGAAUUAAAAUCAUGUAUAUUACACACCAACCAGAUGUGUGUUUCUGUAACCUUCCACUAGAGAGCAACAUAAGCUUGAAAACUGAACCAGAAAUGAAUUUGCUGAAGAAAAUCUGUUGUCAGAAGUUUUCACACCUUCAGAAUUUAAGUGAGUGUAUUAAAUGAGAUGAUGAUGGAGGAAGGAUGAAGGGGUGAUUAUUAUGUAUGUUACUAGAAUGAAUCACAUUCUAUCUUGAACUGG